AUGAUGGCAGAAGCGAAUAUGAAGGCAUUUGCAAUCUCAAUUCUAAUUUUGUUUAGCCUUACUUUUGUAUUCUAUAAUAUUUAUUCAAUUUCAUCAUUCCAACAAGAAAAUGUCGAGAUCAAUGAUGAUUAUGAACGAGGAUUUAUUUCUAAAUCGCUUUAUAAUCAAUUAUAUUCUUAUAUUCAAUCACGAAACAGUACGUUUGGUCAAAUUGGAAAACGAUUGAUGAUAGAAAAUGGAACAGUUUUCACGUUACCAACAAAGAACGAUUAUAUUGACUUUCUGAACAAGUCUCAAUCGAUAUUUUAUCCAUAUUCAACAUGGAAAUGCUCAAAUACAUCAAAUACAGAUGAAAAUGCACGAGAAUAUUGUUUGUUAACCAACAUUUAUUACGAUUCGAAACUUGAUCGAUAUUAUUUUUACACAAAUUCAUCAGAUAGCCAUCACUAUCGAAAUACAUUUCAAACACCAUCCGAUGUUAUUUUUCUCAAUCGUAUCGACAAUUUAACAUCUUUAAGAAGUUCGAUUUCAUCGAUUUUAACUCGAUCGUUGUUAAUAUCAGAUCCUCCUGAUUUGAAUUAUAUGCAUGGUUUUAUCGAAGCAUGUGCAGUUCGCUUUUGGGUUUUAUCAGAAUGUCAAUCUCAUUCAACAUUUAUAAAUCCAAACCAAAUUCAAAUUUAUUAUCAAUCAACAAUGUUCAAAAUUCACGAUGGAAAUUGGAAACAAUAUGAACAACAAUCCGAUGGAACAUAUCAACCAAAACGUCCAUGGGAAAGAAUUCUUCACUCGAUCUUUUCAGUUUAUCCAUUGUUAAUUCAUCGUUCAUUCAAUGAUACAAUUGUGUUGUUCAAAUAUUUGUUAUUUCCAGGUCGACAAACGAGUCGAUCAGUAGCAUGGGGAUAUACACAUCCUUAUCGACAUUUUCCAUCGUAUCCUUUGCCUACUGAACAUUAUCGUCGUGCUUAUUUAGCUUAUUCCGAAUGGAUUUUGUAUCAUUUAAAUUUAAAAUCAAAAUUUCAAUUAACAAACGUACAGAAUGAUUUACAAAAGAAAAAUCAAGAGGAAACUAUUCCAUUUUGUCUCAAUCAAACAUGUUCGAAUAUUCAAUUAGAAAAUUAUACAGGCGAAUGGAUCGUAGUUUUAAAUCGUUAUGAUACGAAUAUUCGUCGAAUAAAUAAUGGAAAACAAUUAGUUAAAGCAUUGUUGAACGUUUUUCCUGAACAUUCAAAUCCAUAUUUACGCGUUUGGCCAAAAGAAUUUGAUUUCAAUGAUAAUUUCUAUGAAUCAGUUCAUAUGUCACGUUCAAUUCGUAUAUUAAUUGCUGUUCAUGGCGCUGGAUUAGCCAAUAUGAUUUUUAUGAGACCAGGAACGAUUCUUUUUGAAAUUAAUCCAUAUGGUUGUCGUCAUUUACCAUUUUAUUAUCGUCGAUGGGCAGAAAUUUUUCAUCUUCAACAUGCUUUAUGGAUUCCAUCGGCAAGUGAACGUGGUUUCCAAGAUAAUUCAUGUUGA